AUGAUUCGUUCCAUGAUAGAUCAAUUUUUAAAGGCUGUCCAGAAAGCUUUUGAAAAGGCUCAAAAGUCAUGCACCACUAUACAAAUCGUUGAUGGCACUAUUGCUGAAGAGGGUACCCACGAACAACUGCUCAAUAAACACGGAAUUUACUACGAAAUGACCUUGUCAUCGUAG